UUAGCUUUCCUCACUUGCUUUUGUCCUGUAGUCACAUCAGCUGUACUCUGAAUAUCCUUACGGCAAAAUCAUUUCUACACUGAUCCAGCAACAUGAAAAGAAUGAAGAGUUGGUUCCUCUGUUGGCUGGUCUUGUCUUUGCUAUCUCAAAACAUCCAAAUGCGUUUUACAGAUAAUGGUUCAGAUGAGGGUUCCAAUACAGGUUCAGAUGAGGGUUCCAAUAAAAGUUCCAAUAAAGGUUCAGUUAAGGGUUCCAAUACAGGUUCAGAUGAGGGUUCCAAUAAGGGUUCAGAUGAGGGUUCCAAUACAGGUUCAGAUGAGGGUUCCAAUAAAGGUUCAGUUGAGAGUUCCAAUAAAGGUUCAGUUGAGGGUUCCAAUAAAAGUUCCAAUACAGGUUCAGAUGAGGGUUCCAAUAAAGGUUCAGAUGAGGGUUCCAAUAAAGGUUCAGUUGAGGGUUCCAAUACAGGUUCAGAUGAGGGUUCAGAUGAGGGUUCCAAUACAGGUUCAGAUGAGGGUUCCAAUAAUGGUUCCAAUAAAGGUUCAGUUGAGGGUUCCAAUAAAGGUUCAGUUGAGGGUUCCAAUAAAGGUUCAGUUGAGGGUUCCAAUAAAAGUUCCAAUACAGGUUCAGAUAAGGGUUCCAAUAAAGGUUCAGAUGAGGGUUCCAAUACAGGCUCAGAUGAGGGUUCCAAUAAAGGUUCCAAUACAGGUUCAGAUGAGAGUUCCAAUACAGGUUCAGAUGAGGGUUCCAAUAAAGGUUCCAAUACAGGUUCAGAUGAGGGUUCCAAUAAAGGUUCAGUUGAGGGUUCCAAUACAAGUUCAGAUGAGGGUUCCAAUAAAGGUUCAGUUGAGGGUUCCAAUAAAGGUUCAGUUGAGGGUUCCAAUAAAAGUUCCAAUACAGGUUCAGAUGAGGGUUCCAAUAAAGGUUCAGAUGAGGGUUCCAAUAAAGGUUCCAAUACAGGUUCAGAUGAGGGUUCCAAUAAAGGUUCCAAUACAGGUUCAGAUGAGGGUUCCAAUAAAGGUUCCAAUACAGGUUCAGAUGAGGGUUCCAAUAAUGGUUCCAAUAAAGGUUCAGUUGAGGGUUCCAAUACAAGUUCAGAUGAGGGUUCCAAUAAAGGUUCAGUUGAGGGUUCCAAUAAAAGUUCCAAUAAAAGUUCAGUUGAUGGUUCCAAUAAAAGUUCCAAUAAAGGUUCAGUUGAGGGUUCCAAUAAAAGUUCCAAUAAAGGUUCAGUUGAGGGUUCCAAUAAAGGUUCAGUUGAGGGUUCCAAUAAAAGUUCCAAUAAAGGUUCAGUUGAGGGUUCCAAUAAAAGUUCAGUUGAGGGUUCCAAUAAAGGUUCAGUUGAGGGUUCCAAUAAAGGUUCAGUUGAGGGUUCCAAUAAAAGUUCCAAUAAAGUUUCAGUUGAGGGUUCCAAUAAAGGUUCCAAUCAAGGUUCACUUCGGCGUCAUGAAUGCAACACUUCCAAAACAAUACAAAGAUAUCCAGAAACCGUGGAAGGCAUUAUGGAACACAGACACCACAGCAACCCUAUCGAAGCCAUUGAGACCCUUGAACGGCUUCUGGAGGAAACAGAGGUGAAUGAGUCUAUAUCACUGUCUUUCAACAAUUCCGUGGCCUUCCUGUACAAACCAAAGGUCCCCUUCAAUGGCCUUGAAAUUCAUGCUAGUGAUAAAAAGGUAAGGUCAAGCAAUUCUGUCAGCGAUAGUGACAAAGUGAGCGUUCAACUGCCGAGAGAGCUGGAUGCUGGAUCAGAAAACACCAUUGUGUUCUGCAUGCUUACAUGGCCUGAUGCAAACUGGACCAUACGUGAAGCCUCGGCUGAAUUACAUGAGAGCAGACUGGUUGGCCUGAGUGUGCGGGGAAAGAAUAUCUCAGGACUUCAGGAGCGUGUCAACAUCACGUUGGCUGUUAGUGUGAAUGAUACGCAAAAGCCCAGCUGUGUGUUCUUAAAUGUUUUCACAAAAGACUUUAGCACUGAUGGCUGUCUGACCCUGUGGGAACCUGGUCAGAGAAACAUCAUCUGCUCCUGUGACCACCUCACAUACUUUGGCGUGCUCGUGGUAUCUUCUGCCUCCCUCUCACAAAACGACCUGCAGAUUCUGACAUACAUCACUCUGAUUGGUUGUAGUCUUUCUCUGUUUGCCCUGAUCAUCACUGUUCUGCUCUUCAUCGCAAAAAGAAAAGUCCGAGCAGAUAUCUCUAUGAAGGUCCACAUCAACCUGGCCAUUGCCCUGAUCCUCCUCAACCUACACUUCCUCCCCAGCCAGACGGUGGCAGCAUUGUCCUUCCCCACGCUCUGCUUCUACAUGGCCGUCUCUCUUCACUACUCCCUGCUGGCCACUUUCAGCUGGAUGGCCCUGGAGGGCUUACACCUCUACCUUCUCUUAGUCAGAGUCUUCAACAUUUAUAUCCGGAAAUACUUGCUCAAGCUCAGCUUGGUGGGAUGGGGUCUCCCUGCAGUCAUUGUGGCCCUGGUGGUCAUCAUCGACAGCAGCUGGUAUGGACUCGUCCCUCUGGUCUCUUCUAACCCCAACAGCACACAAAUAUGCUAUAUAAGGAAUACCACAGUGAAGCUGGUGACUACAUUGGGAGUGUUUGGCUUGGUUUUCCUCUUUAACGCGAUCAUGUUGGGGGUGACAGUAAGACGCGUUGUGAGUCUCCACCAGAGCAAAAAGUUUGGGCAGAGUGACAGUAACCGAGUCAAGAAGGACAUCUGUACGCUGCUGGGAGUCACCGCUCUGCUGGGCAUUACCUGGGGCCUGGUCUUCUUCUCCUUUGGCUACCUGACCACGCCUGGCCUCUACCUCUUCUGCAUCCUCAACUCACUGCAAGGUUUCUUCAUCUUCCUGUGGUUCGUGAUGUCUUUGAGAAAGAAAGGAGAUCCAUCUACUAAGAGUAGUGUAACACGCAGCACCAACACUUAAGCACUACACCAGAGACUUUUUUGUGAUUGUGUGCGUACAUGUAUGUAUGUGUGUUGUGCGGAUUUAUAGAGCAAUGCUGUAAAGUUUGAUACUAUUCUUUUUUUCUUUAAAUCAUUAAUUUUAUUUACAUGCAAGUAGAAAGGGGUUAACUUGGGCAGAUAACUGGUUAAGUGCCCUUUUUUAAAGUUUUUUCAUUGUCAUACCCUGUUGUUUUAAUAAAUGAAUGUAUUGGUGUUUAAUUUCAUCGU